AUGAAGAGGAAACUCCCAGUGACCAUCUUCAUAGAUCAGGACGCCGGUAUGGCAGCUGCCCUUAGAAAGGAGUGGCAUAAUGUGUUUCAUGCCCUCUGUACUUGGCACAUCUUGAUGAAUGCGAAGAAAAAUCUUCGUAAGAACAAGAAAUGUUGGCAUAAUUUCCAAAAUCAUCUUGCUUAUCUUUUCUACUACGUCGACAGCGAGGCCGAGUUUGAUGAGGCAUGGAGCAACAUGGUUUCUGAUUGUUUUCCCGGUAGUGCAACUGUGGAUGGCCACCAAGGGAUGCAAUAUCUGAAGAAAUUUCGUCAUCAAUGGUGUUCCUUAUAUCUGAGAGAUCGAUUCACAGCUGGGAUGUUGACAACGCAAGCUAGUGAGUCGUGCAAUGCACAAGUGUGA